GUCGUUAAUUGUUAUCUCUCAUUCACUUGGCCUUUCUUCAUCCACGCUCUCCAAAUUUUCUCCCUCCCUUUUUCCUCUCUCUCUCUCUCUCCUCUCUCUCUCUCUUCUCAUCACUUUUUAUUAAUAUCUCAACUCCUCUGUAUGAAUGUCUCUCUCUCUCUCUCUCUCUCUCAUCUCAAAGCCAGCUAAAUUACAAUGCUGACCUCCACUUCCACUCUCCAGCCACAAGCCCUCUACACUUCACCUCAACUUUCUAAAAUUACAAGCUGUACAUCUUUGCGCUCUCCUUUGUUGAGAAGAAGCACAAAGGCUCCUCCAUGUUUGGCACUUGCUUCUGCUGACAGAGAAAAAUAUGAUGUAGGUGUUGAGAGCCGAAAGAAGAAGAGGAAGCAAAAUGAGAUGUUGCUGUACUCGGUUGCACCUUAUCCUCUUCUGUUUGCCGCUGCACUCCCUGGAGCUUCCACUGUGAGAUCUAUAUUUGGACCGUUUGUUGAGCUUGUGAAGACAUGGAAUCUGCCUGAUUGGCUUGUGCACUGGGGGCACCCUGGGAACAUGGUAAGUAGCAUUAAAAGAUAAAUCAUUUGAAAUUGUUUGAUUGGAAAAAUGUAUGGUACGAGGUAUGAAAUUCAUAAAAUUAUAGCAAGAAAAGUUUUAAUAAAAUGGUCCAGAGUAAAACCCUUACAAACUUAAGCGAACAGGAGCCCUUACGUGCUAACUUUUUUUACCAUUUGCUUUGAGAUUGAUGCUAUGCAUCAGGGCUAUCUUUGAUGCUCAUCUGUUGAAAAUGAAUCAUAUGCUAGCACAAAUCUCAAAGCAAAAUCAAUGGAUAAAAAGGUUAGCGGACAAAAGACCUCUGUCCACAUGAUUUUUACGAAAAACCUUUUGCUC